AUGUAUGCAAAGAGCGAGAUAAUGAAGAGGAGGGAGGCUGUUGGAAUUGAUGACGUCCGGGACCUAGUCCUUCAUCUAACCGCCGACGCGCCGCCUCCUAGCUGGGUCAGAGUCGAGAACCCUCGCUCAAUCAAUAGAGUGGUCGCUCUUCUGAUACCCGGACUAACACCAGACAUUCUCUCCCUACCUCCUCUCCCGACAUCCGCCACGUCAAACCCUAACGUCCCACUACAAGUGCCACUGCCACAGACGAAUCUCGCCGGAGAAAGCUCGUCCGGGGUCCCCUUCAUCAACUCCACCUUCACCUACGCAUGUCCGACCCGCGCACCAGGCGACCAAAGCCGAAUGCACUCCGUCCUGAACACAUUCUUCCAAGGGCCCGUCACCGGAGAGGAGAAGAAGAGGCGACUGACAGAACGCUUGAUUUCAGAACGAACACAAGAAAAAUCCCCGAUGCGCUAUCUCCUUACUCUCGAGCAGAUGAUCGAGAACGGGUACCCCGUGCCGUCAUACCUUGCGGAAGUGUUUGAGAAGCCUCCAGGAUGGGUCGAGACCAAGGUCAGCGCCGCGGACGCCACAUUAUUGUCACCUCCGGCGAGCGAUCCUCCGCGAAUAUAUGCGAUCGACUGUGAGAUGUGUCUUACAGAAGACGGCAAACAACUCGCCCGCGUCUGCCUCAUCGACUACGCCUCCAGCAUCGUCGUCUACGACGCGCUCGUCAAGCCCUCUAAGCCCGUCACGGACUACCUCACCCGCUGGUCCGGCAUUACUGCCGAAGGCCUUUCAUCCGCAACAGCGUCCUUUGAUGAUGUCCAAUCCCAUAUACUCUCCGUCCUCUCCGCUUCACCGACCCCAGUCCUACUCGGGCACUCGCUCGAGUCGGAUCUGCAGGCGCUGAAGAUAUGUCAUCCACGAUGCAUUGAUACGGCGCUGAUCUAUCACCAUCCAAGGGGAAGGCCGCUCAAGCCCGGGUUGGCGUGGUUGACGAAGAAGUGGUGCGGCCGGGAGAUCCAGAAUCGGGGCGAGGGCGGACACGACCCAGAGGAGGACGCGCGGGCAUGUUUGGAUCUGUUGAGAAAGAAGGUCGAGAAUGGCCCCGGCUUCGGCGAGUUCAAAGUCGACACCGAGUCCAUCUUCGAGCGUAUGUCGCGCUCACGCACAAAAGGCAACGCCCCCAUCACCUCCGCCGUCGUCGACCACGGCAACCCCGCGGCGUGGCACGGGCAGAAGGCGACGACGUGCAUCGCGUGCAAGUCUGACGCCGACGUCCUCGCCGGGCUCCUCUCUUCCUUGCCCUCGCACCAUUUCCUCUUUGGGCGCCUCACGGCGCUCGCGGACGUUCGCGGGUGGAUCACCCCCAAAGUCACGGGCGACGAGCCUGUCCCUCCCCCAACCUCGAGCACGAACGCGGGCCGGAAGGAAGACGGGGCGCCGCUCCUGGAGACGAUGGCGAUCCUGGACAAGCAGCUGCGCGAGCUGUACACGGCGCUCCCUGCGCGGACGGCGGUUGUGAUUUUCACGGGGCACGCGGACCCGAGAAGGAUGGCGGAACUGAAUGCGCGGAAGGCGGCGUUUGAGAACGCGCUGAAGGCGGGGAAGAGCGUGGAGGAGUUGGGGAAGGAAGCGCGCUGGACGAGCGCGGAUGGGCGGGAGCUGGAGGAGGAGGUCGAGAAGGCGAAGAGGGGCUUGUUGUUCUUGGGUGUGAAGGGCGCGUGA